GCAAACUGGUAUCUCCCGCCUCCUUUCCUGCUUUGUCUGGUUAGAGCAGCUGCUUGCAAUGGACUUGCUCUCCUGGCCGAGCCUGCAGCUCUCCCAAACCCCCCAGGGGAAAGGGGAGACAAGCUUGGGAGCAAAGAUUUGGAUCAUCUCUUGCAUUUAAGGCAGUGAAAUCAACCUGAUCCCUGCGUUGUUUUUUUGUCCAUUUUUUUAUUUAAGUGAGGCUCAACUUUAUGCUACUUGUUGCUUUGCGAAGAGAAACCCAGGCAGGAAAGAGACCGGGACUGAACGAGCUGCAGUCACAGGCACCAUGAAAUCUACCGGGCGAGGGGUUAAGGUGUGUGAGUGACCAGUGUCAAUGACUCGCCUCCAGCCGGACUCGCCUUGUAAACAGUAGCCCUGGGCAGCCUCCAACCUCACAGCACUCCCAUGCUUGGCUCCGCGUCGCCUUGCCGGGCACCCUCGCCACUCUGCAGAUGCCUUUCUCGGGGGAAGAGAGGAGCCUUCAGGGGGUCUACAAGUCGACGGCUCAGCAGCAGGAUGGGCAAGCCCUGGCAGCCGGGGGGGUGCCUGUGUGCGCCGAGUGCUACACUAACCAGACCUUCGUCUUCGAUGAUGGCAGCUCCCACAGGCUCUCGUCGCCGGGCGGCUGCGGGGGCUGCGGCGGCAGCAGAAGCGGGGUCAUCCUGGACAUCGCCUCCCUGAAGAUGAACGAGCUGGAGUCCGAGGUGCUGCCCCUGCCGCCCCGCUACCGGUUCCGGGACCUGCUGCUGGGGGACCAGGCCUUCCAGAACGACGACAGGGUACAGGUUGAGUUCUACGUAAAUGAAAACACCUUUAAAGAACGUCUCAAGCUGUUCUUCAUCAAAAACCAAAGAUCAAGCCUAAGGAUACGGCUCUUCAACUUCUCCCUGAAGCUUCUCACCUGUCUUCUCUAUAUUGUACGUGUUCUGCUUGACAAUCCAGCAGAGGGAAUAGGAUGCUGGGAAUGCGAAAAGCAGAAUUACUCAACCUUCAACCAGUCGUCUACAGAAAUAAACUGGGCUCCAAUCUUAUGGGUGGAUAGAAAAAUGCCAUUAUGGGCAAUACAGGUUAGCGUAGCUUUAAUCAGCUUCCUAGAGACCAUGCUUCUCAUCUAUCUCAGCUACAAGGGAAACAUCUGGGAGCAGAUUUUUCGCAUUUCAUUCAUCCUUGAAAUGAUCAACACGGUGCCCUUUAUAAUCACAAUAUUCUGGUCCCCUUUACGGAAUUUGUUUAUUCCAGUUUUUCUGAACUGCUGGCUGGCCAAGUACGCCCUGGAAAACAUGAUAAACGACCUGCACCGAGCGAUACAGAGGACGCAAUCCGCCAUGUUCAAUCAGGUGCUGAUUCUGAUUUGUACCCUGCUGUGUCUUGUUUUCACAGGAACCUGUGGCAUCCAACAUUUAGAAAGAGCAGGCGACAACCUCUCCCUCUUCAAGUCCUUCUACUUCUGUAUCGUCACCUUCUCCACCGUGGGCUAUGGAGAUGUGACCCCAAAGAUCUGGCCCUCGCAGCUCCUGGUGGUUAUAAUGAUUUGCGUUGCCCUUGUCGUGCUGCCCCUCCAGUUCGAGGAGCUUGUGUACCUCUGGAUGGAACGUCAGAAAUCAGGAGGGAAUUACAGCCGCCACCGAGCACAGACGGAGAAACACGUUGUCCUUUGUGUCAGUUCCCUCAAGAUUGACCUCCUGAUGGACUUUCUGAACGAGUUCUACGCCCAUCCCCGGCUGCAGGAUUACUACGUAGUGAUACUUUGCCCAACAGAGAUGGAUAUACAAGUUCGGCGGGUCCUUCAGAUUCCUCUGUGGUCUCAGCGAGUGAUAUAUCUUCAGGGAUCUGCACUGAAAGAUCAGGAUCUCAUGAGAGCAAAGAUGGAUAACGGAGAGGCCUGUUUCAUUCUCAGCAGUCGAAACGAGGCGGACCGCACGGCCGCGGACCAUCAGACCAUCCUGAGAGCCUGGGCUGUGAAGGAUUUUGCUCCCAACUGCCCCCUCUAUGUUCAGAUUCUAAAGCCUGAAAACAAGUUUCAUGUCAAGUUUGCUGAUCAUGUGGUCUGCGAAGAAGAAUGCAAAUACGCCAUGCUGGCUUUGAACUGCGUCUGCCCAGCAACCUCCACGCUCAUCACCCUGCUGGUUCACACAUCCAGGGGCCAAGAAGGCCAGGAGUCCCCGGAGCAGUGGCAAAGGAUGUACGGACGCUGCUCAGGCAACGAAGUGUACCACAUCCGCAUGGGGGACAGCAAGUUCUUCAUGGAAUACGAAGGGAAAAGCUUCACCUAUGCUGCCUUCCACGCACACAAAAAGUACGGCGUCUGCUUGAUCGGCAUCAGGAGGGAAGAGAACAAGAGCAUCCUGCUGAACCCUGGGCCGCGGCACAUCAUGACGGCGUCUGACACCUGCUUCUACAUUAACAUCACCAAGGAGGAGAACUCUGCCUUCAUAUUCAAGCAGGAGGAGAAGCAAAAGAAGAAAGGCUUUGCAGGGAGAGGGAUCUAUGACGGCCCAUCCAGGCUGCCUGUUCACAGCAUAAUUGCAAGUAUGGGUACAGUAGCCAUGGACCUGCAGAACACGGAAUGUCGCCCUGUUAACAGCAGCAAGCUGACCCUGCCAUCAGAAAAUGGCUCGGGUAACAGACGGCCCAGCAUUGCCCCGGUCCUAGAGCUAGCAGACAGCUCCUCCCUCCUGCCCUGUGAUCUGCUCAGCGACCAGUCAGAAGACGAGAUGACGCAGUCAGAUGACGAAGGACUUACUGUUGUAGAAUAUGUGAAAGGCUACCCCCCGAACUCGCCCUAUAUUGGGAGUUCUCCCACUUUGUGCCACCUUCUACCUGUAAAAGCCCCUUUCUGCUGCUUGAGGUUGGACAAGGGCUGCAAGCACAACAGUUAUGAAGAUGCCAAGGCCUAUGGGUUUAAGAACAAAUUGAUUAUAGUUUCAGCAGAGACUGCUGGGAACGGCCUGUAUAAUUUCAUCGUCCCUCUCCGUGCAUACUAUAGGUCCCGGAAAGAGUUAAACCCAAUUGUAUUGCUACUGGACAACAAGCCUGAGAACCACUUCUUGGAAGCCAUCUGUUGUUUCCCCAUGGUUUACUACAUGGAAGGCACGAUCGAUAACCUCGACAGUUUGCUGCAGUGUGGGAUCAUUUAUGCUGACAACUUGGUGGUUGUGGAUAAGGAAAGCACAAUGAGCGCAGAAGAGGAUUACAUGGCAGACGCAAAAACAAUUGUCAACGUCCAGACCAUGUUCCGGCUGUUUCCAAGCCUUAGCAUCAUCACCGAGCUGACCCACCCAUCCAAUAUGAGGUUCAUGCAGUUCAGAGCAAAGGACAGUUAUUCCUUGGCCCUCUCCAAACUUGAAAAGAAAGAGCGAGAGAAUGGCUCCAACCUUGCGUUCAUGUUCCGGCUCCCGUUUGCUGCCGGCAGAGUGUUCAGCAUUAGCAUGUUGGAUACAUUACUCUAUCAGUCGUUUGUGAAGGACUACAUGAUCACCAUUACGAGACUGCUGCUGGGCCUUGACACCACCCCGGGUUCUGGCUACCUCUGUGCUAUGAAAAUCACUGAGGAUGACCUGUGGAUCCGGACGUAUGGCCGUCUCUUCCAGAAGCUUUGCUCUUCCAGUGCAGAAAUUCCCAUUGGGAUCUACAGAACUGAAUCGCACAUGUUCUCAACCUCCGAGCCUCAUGACAUCAGAACUCAGUCGCAGAUCUCAAUCAAUGUCGAGGAUUGCGAGGAUACAAAAGAUGUCAAGGAGCACUGGAACAUCAAGACAAGCCAUCACAGGAACUCCUGCUCGAGCGACCAGUCUGAACACCCCUUGCUACGGCGCAAAAGCAUGCAGUGGGCACGCAGGCUGAGUCGGAAAGGAAACAAGCACACAAGCAAAACAGCGGAGUGGAUCAGCCAGCAGAGGUUGAGUCUGUACAGGAGGUCGGAGCGGCAAGAGCUUUCAGAGCUUGUCAAAAACCGAAUGAAACACCUGGGUUUACCUACAACUGGGUAUGAGGAUGUAGCAAAUUUAACAGCCAGUGAUGUGAUGAAUCGGGUAAACCUUGGAUAUUUGCAAGAUGAAAUGAAUGACCAUCAGAACACAUUAUCCUAUGUCCUGAUUAACCCGCCGCCGGACACCCGACUGGAACUCAACGAUAUAGUGUACUUAAUACGCUCCGACCCGCUCGCUCACGUAGCCAAUGACUCCCACAGUCGAAAGAGCAGCUGUAGUAACAAGCUGGAUCCGUGCAAUCCUGAAACCAGAGAUGAGACGCAGCUCUAAACAGCCUGGCCACGGCCCAGGGCUUCGUCUCACACUGCUAGUGCAUGGAACUGGAAGAGCAUUUCCUAUACACUGGACCCAAGGGGAUGGAUUCUUUGGGGACAAAAAUGGAUUCCAGGUGGAACACUUAAAAGAAAAAAAUCCAGUGAACACUAAUUGUCAGUGGUUUCCAAUGCCCUGGCAGAUUCCUCCGCAUUGCACUAAGAAAAUGGAAUUCCCAACCUGGAUUCAAGCGGCUUAGAAAUGCCUUGAAAGGAAGCUCUUCAAACCUCGGCGUUAAAGGACAGUUGGCCAAAUAAAAGGCUCGAGGAUUCAUACAGUUAUUUGUUUUUAACUUUUUUUUGAAUAUAUACCGCAACUAGUGAAACAGUCUUCAUUGGUACUGGCAGACGUGGCCGAAGUGAACAGAGACUACAACUGAAACCUGAUUGACUAGAAGGCUCGGGCUGAAAAACACCCCCAAACACUGCCGGUCACGUUGUACCCAGUGGAACGUGGAAGUGUCAGGGCGAGAGAGAAAAUUAUCAUGUAGCCUUUUUAUUUAUGUUUUCAAUGGUAUCCUUCUCACUGCAGGCUACCCAACCGUCCUAAUGUUCUUCAGCAUUUGUUGCCUUGUUUUCCAUUAUGGGGAAAGAGAGAGAUGGGGGAGGGAGAGAAGUGACUGAGACAUCACUCACUUUUAAUUAUCCAUAUUCAGUUCUGAUAUGAUAGCAAAUCAUGCCAUUGGAAGCUCCAGCAAGCUGCUGAGGUGGGACAAGAAACCCCUUAAGGUAGAGGGCUGCUGGAAGUGUGUGAUUUGUCCGUAGGCGCUGGGGCUCUGACCCACAGCCAUUGUCGAAUUACAGCAGUCUACAUUUAUCGUUCUGUCAAAAGCCUGUGCCAAAUCCACCGUUCCUUUUAAAGUCUCAUAAACAGGCAAACUGAGGACCAAAAUCAUCCCCGUGCUGUGUUCAUAUCUACAGGGAAACCCUGGUUCAACUGGGCCCCCAGACUCGCACCCACCCCGAGACUUUGCCACAUCCCCACAUAUCAAAUACCAGCUCUGGCUGGCAGUAUUAUAUAAAUGGGCAACCGUCCUAGUCUAGCCAUACAUACUGAGGAUUAAAAGUCUCCUAGGGUACAAGCCGCAGUUUUACAAACAAGGCUGCUGUAGUCACACUCACAUUAGGAUAACCGAAGUCUCUUAUCUAGCUAGAAGAUAAGUGCAUCUUUAUUGCAUCUGGAUCGGACGUGGCCAGCACCUCUCGUCUAAAGACUUCAUUAAAGCCACAACUAGGGCGUCACUGUCCCCUAUUGCGCCCUGCAGCCCACUGGAAGGGUUGCUAUGGCUGAGCCACAAUGCUUUACUCUAAGUGCUUGGUUACAAAGGGCCAUAGGCCACUAACUGCCACUUUAGGAGAGAAGUCCACUAUCAGCUACCCCGGGCCCGCACAAAACGCCUGCUCAGCUGCUGCCUAACCCAGUCGGUGCCUCAACCCACUCGGUGCCUCAAUUUUCACUGUAAAAGACCCUACACGUCUAAGAUUCUGCCUCUGGGCCAUGUGUGCUGUUGGCUUAGUCUGGGGGGCUGGAUGCCUGUGCCCUAGGGGAAGCGAGGCCUUAUCUCACCGGCCAAGCCCAAGCCAGUAGGUGCUCAGAGGGCGCCCAGGAGAGUGGCUCCCUGGCCAGAGGCCAUAGUGGUGCUGGCCCCCAUUUUAUAGCUCAGGGCUUAGCGCCCUCACCUAAGAUGGGAGCCCCAGCUUCAGGUUGAGGGGGAGAAAGGCUUGGAGCAGGGGAGUGCUCUGACACUGAGCUAUGGGAUGGCGUGCGGGGCUUUGGCUCGCUCUUCCAUGUUGGAUAACUAGAGUCAUUGGCAGAGGGGAACUGGCUCUUGGCUCUCCCACCACUCAGAGUUGGUGGUGGUGGUGGGGGGACCCGAGGCAGCCAUCUCAAGCACUCGUGCUCAGUGGGCCAAUAGUUAUUUAAGCCCAAGUGGACCAGGCUUUAACAAGCUAGACUGUGGGAAACCCACCUGAGUGUGUCCCAUAGCUGAGGGGUAGAAUGCGUCCUAGAGAGUGGAAAACCCAUGUUCAACUCCUUUCUCCCUACCACGCAGAGGGGGGAAUUAUCCCUGGGGAACGUGGGUCUCCCACAGCCUGGGUGAGGGCACUAAUCACUGGGCUGCAGGCAGGCGGGCGGGGCAGCAGCAGCUUCACUACCUGUAGGAGAGGGUUCGCACCUGUGACUUCCACGCAGCGCUAGACACCUCAUUGCCACCCAGAUUUAGGCACUGACCUCCUUGAGAGGCGUGGGGGUCUAUAGUACCCUUCUCAUUGCCCUCUACCAUUGACUAACCUCAGCGGCUUCCCUGCUCCAUGCGCCAGCUUUUAUGGAAUCCACUCCUAGGUGCCUCUCUCUUCCCAGUCAUUGUAAUAGGGAGCCAAGGCUUCAAAUCAGCCCUUGUGAUGCUCAGUGAUUUUUCUAGGUGCUUAAAAGUUACCCUCGCACUGUUCAACAGGCAAUGCCCAAGUCUCUUUGCAACUCUGGUCCAAAAUUUAGUCAAUAGGCCUCAUUUCAUAACAGAGUCCUCAUCUACAACCACUAACACAUAUAGGUAGGUUAUGCCAGUGACCUCAUGUCGUUACAGGACUAGGCCCUAAGAGAAAAUUGGGGGCUCCAGGAGGGAGUUUGGGUGCAAAGCUGGGAUCCGGGCUCUGGGAGGGAUUUUGGGUGCAGGAGGGUGCUCAGGACAGGGGAUUGUGGGGGUGCAGUGCUUAUGUCAGGAGUCUCCCAGAAGCGGCGACAUGUCCCUCUGGCUCCUAGGUGCAGAGGGGGCCAGGGGCCUCUGUGUGCUGCCCCUGCAGCUCCCAUUGGCCACGGUUCCCUGCCACUGAGAGCUGACGCUUGGGGCAGUGGUAGUGCGCGGAGGCCCCUUGGCUGCCCUUGCACUUAGGAGCCGGAGAGACAUGCCAGCCGCUUCCGGAAGCCGCGUAGAGUCGUCGUCGGCCCUUUUCAACGGGGCCUUCAGACCUCUGGCAACCCUACACACUGUAACAGGUCACAGCAGGGCUGGCUCCAGGGUUUUUGCCGCCCCAAGCAGCACAAAAAAAAGACAAUCUGGUAGAUUCAUUUUAAUUCCUUUUACUGGAUCACCCAAUCUUGCCCUUCACUAAGUGUCCAGCUGCUGUAGUCACAGAGGCUCGCUUGAAAGAUGCUGCUGAAAUUCAACAUCUCCCCUACACCCUUCUUUUAUGAUCCCCUUAGCACCCCAGCCUCCUGGCUGUGCCAUGUGACACCCCCCUCCCGCCUCCCCGAUUCUGGCCAGGGGCAAGCUGGGACUCCAGUUGUGGUUGAUCAGCUUCAUUUCUCCAGCUGGUGAAGUCUGGUGGGGUACCUGCAAUCAGCCUUGUUUCUGCUAAACAUUUCCCAGCAGUGGGCAGGGCCCCAUAGCAAUGGCUCCUGGCAGCUGCAGUUGUUUUAAGCACCACAUUGUCUAACCCCUCUCACUGCCGGGGCUACAGGACGUGGUGCAUAAAAACACCAGCAGGCACCCGCCCCUUGUCUAUGGCAACACCGCCCCUGGGACUAGCACUGGGGGAACUGAACAGAUGUCAGCAACAGGGAGAAAACGGGUAUGCAAAGACCAGAGCAUGCUGCUUCUUUAGCAUGCUCAGCCGCUGCCGGCCCAGGGAGUACAGAAGGUAACUGACUCAGGAACAAACUGCAGGUUUUUCUCCUGGCAUUCAAGUGUAAGUGCUGGAGCAAACACCCAGCCCAGCUCAUGCCCUUUAGUCAUUUAAAAAGGAAGAUUAAAAAAUAUAAACAGUUUAUAGAGACUAGCCCCCGAGGUUGAAGACUGGGGCCUAGAGUCAGACACCUAAGGAAACGUGGCCUGAUUUAACGGUGCGGGGCACUUGCAGCUACCAUUGAAGUCCAGGCAAGCUGCACUGCUGAGCCUUGAGCAAAGCCGGCCCUUCACCUCUCUGCUCCUUCGUUUUCCCUCUAAAA